GGAUUACCUGGCGACGCCGAUGGUGAAGAGGGCAGAUCAGGAGAUCUUGACGCGGUUCCCGAAGCUAAGGGAAUCGCUCAGUGUCGGGGUCAAUGCGAAGGAGGAUUACCGCCCCUUGGCGAAGGGGGCACCCGCUACGGCGAAGCAUCCGUUCCGGUUGGUACGGUUCAUGGUGCCGGCGGCGUUUAUGAAGGAGCGGUCGGUGACGGUGCUGGGGACGCCGAUGACGGUGAAUACGCCGCUGAUUGCGCAGGUGCAGGCGCUGUGGGUGGCGGCGUUUAUGGGAGAUGGGAUGGGGGUGAAGGCGCGGGAGACGUGUCCGGAGGAGUUGAAGAAGGGACUACUAACAGAAGGAGAGGUGGAUGGGGACGUGGUGUGGGAGAUGGCGCUGCAUACGCAAUUCGGGAAAUAUCGGUGUCCGGGAGGGUUUGGAAAGAGGAAUCUAGAUACCGUGUUUGA